CCCCGCCGCAGCCCCGGCCCCGCGACAGCCCCCAUGCCCCGCCUCGGAGCCAAGGUGUCCCUGCUCCGCUGCACGUUGCUGUCGUCCCUCAUCCUCCUCCUGGUCUGCAGCAUCCAUGAGACGGAGCAGAACAGCUACUGCCAGCAGAUCAUCACGGAGAAGCACCUGGCCGAGCUGGAGGAGCUGGCUGACACUCAAAUGCAGCACCCAGGCAGAGUCUCCUUCAAGUUCAUCAAUAAGAUGCAGCUGAACGACUCCGUUUGCUACGUGAAAGCUGCCUUCCCCCUGCUGGGCAAGAUCCUGCAGCGGACCGAGUUCAAGGAGAACUCCUCCAACGCCAAGCGGCUGCAGGCAGUGCGCAGGAUGUACAACCGCAUCGACGAGAACGUCGACCCCUGCAUCCGGGAGGAGGACGAUGAGGAGAGGAAGCUCUCACAGAUGUGCUUCGAGGAGUUCACCACCUCCCCCUACGAGAUGCUGCUGCUGGUGAAGGAGUUCUUCCAGGACAUCAACCAACUGCUGCAGAACCAAGAGACCUUCGAGAGGGACUGCAGCCAGGUCUACCUCAGCACCUGCUUGGGGCCCAGGAAGGAUGGAUCCCCACCAGGUGUGGGGACAGAUCCUGACUGCAAUUGCCUGUCCCCUGCCCUCCCUCCUGCCACCCAGUCCUCCCUCUCCGCUGCCACCCAUGCCAGCAGGGAAGUGGCACCUGCUAGCACCCAGGUCCCUUACAACCUUCUCCAUGCCACCCUCGCUGACUUAGAUGCUCCGUCUCAGCCCCCCAGUAGCACGGAGGGUGGCUCAGGGAUCGAGGAGGCCCUGGGUGCCGGGGUAGGUGACCUGGUGUCAGUGCCAUCCUCUGGGAUGCAGCAGACAGCUCCAGUCGACCGCUCCAAAACCCUCCUGGAUCCAGCCGGGACCUUGAGCCUGGCAGCAGAGGAUGUCCCCGUCCUGCGUGGGGACGGAGAGCUGGUGGACAGAGGCUCUGAAGCUGCAGCUGGCCACCCGCUGCAGGAUCUGGCCCAGGAGCAGGGAGCCUCCAUCCUCCCGGAACGUGCCGGCAGGCUCAGCACCACCACGCCAGCGGCACCCCCCAGCUCCGGCCCGGCGGGUGGCAGAGCCAGGAUCCGCCCUGCCGCGGCGGCUGAGCCUGUCACGCAGCUCCGCUUCUCCAGGAUGGCCCCGGCCGUCGGGGGCCGAGCUCCGGGAGGCCCCCGGGACGGGGCGAGGGGGCGAGGCUGGGGGCUGAGCCGGCUGCGGGAGCCCGAGGACGGUGGAGCCGGCCCCAGCUUUGACUCUGGCUUUGUUCUGAGCGCAGAGCAGCGCAGGAAGGAGCCGCCGGCCAGAGAGGGCCACUGGGAGCCCCUCGUAUACAUCCUGGUGGCCAGCGUGGUGGCCGUCUUGCUGGCCAUGGGAGGGCUGCUCUUCUACAAGUAUAAAUCCAGGGCCCUGGACCGGUCGCUGGAGUAUGGAGGCUGUGACCCCGAGGAGCCAGAGAGGAGGGCGCUGCAGGGAGCCAGGGCAUGUCCAGAGCUGGAGACUCAGGACCUCUGAGGGCCCCGAGGUGGGAUGUGAAGCUGCUUCGGGGGGGUCGGCUCCGGAUGCUCCUCGCCGUGCGAAGGAGGCUGGCAGGCGCCGGGCGCUGCCGUGCCGCUGGCACUCCCCACUCUUCCCUCGCCCCACGCCAACGGCCAAAGACUGCCACAACCCCACCCUGGCAGAGAUAAAAGGAUGGGGGGAUGCACCCCUGGAGGCAGAGGGCUGGAAGACGACGGAUUGUCCCUGAUGUGACACCUCGGUGCUGAGCGGGACGCUGGAGGCGCUGGGUGUGGGACGCUGGAUCCCGCUCGCACGCAGCCCAGGGCUGGCUGAAGAUGGAGGAGUCCAGCGCCUGGAAUCUCCUCUGGCUCUUCUCCCACCCGAGCACAGCAGGGUUUGGAGCAGCACCCAGCACCCUCCCCGGCUUCACCCUGCCUUUCCUAAGGCUUCAGCUGGAGGAUCUUGGAUGCUGGUGGGGAAAAGGGAGGCUUGGGCACAGAGACUGCCCUGGACUGCACGGCCCCAGCCCUGGCUCCCAACGAAACCCUCACACUGUGAAUAUUUAAAGCCCACCAGUGCCUGUGUCCCCACGCAGGGACGGGCUUGGGGGUAACGCUUGGCACCGUCCUGGUCCCCCUCCUCCUGCCACCAGAGAUCUGGUCCCGUGCCCGAGCUGGCCUCGGCUCACGUCGUGCCCUUAGGGCUUUAUUUUUUAUUAUAGCUGACGAAAGUCUUUAUCCCACCCAAGUAUUUUCCCGUGGGGGGGUCCCCGUCCUGCCCCCUCGCAGGGCUGUCGCCGGGAGCUGGGCUCACCUGCGAUCGGACUUCCUCUGGGACUGCGCCUUCGGGACGGGAAAUGGGGCCGGGGAAGGACCAAAGCCAGGGGGUGUGAGGGAUGGAGGUGCCCCACCUGGGUGCCGCGGGAGGAGCUUUUCAGCUCAGCCCCCUUCCUGACUUUGGGAAAAGCCUGGUUUGGGAUGUCCCAAGCCGGGAAAUACCCCAAACCCUGGGCUUGGGGUUUAUCCUGCCCCCCGCCCCGUACCCCACCCGCCCCCCGUCCACAGCAUUCCUCCUGCCCUGAAUGUGAAGCGAGGUCUGCGCUGCUCUGGGGUCCUGAAGUGUUCUUUUGAUACGAGGGGAGCAAAGAUGGAGAAACCAACCGGGGUUAGGCAAAGCCUCGCUGGUAAGCGGGGAGGGAAGUUUACGUCGUGCAUUUACGGCUGCCCAAACCGGGGAGGGAAGCGGCUGCAGGAGGAGUAAAGCAGGAGGAAACCCUCGGGGCCGGGGGAGUCAACCUCGCUGCUGGUGUGCGGCAGCGAUUUGCACCGUGGAGGAGAGGCCUGGGAGGGAGGCGGAGGUGUGGGGUAGGUGGAGAGGGGGUGUGUGGAGAUUUGCCUGCGAGCUGUGUCAGGUGUGUUUGGCCUCGGUUUGGGUUUGGUUUGUGGGUUUUUGGUUUCUGUUCGGUUUUGUUUUGGGUGUUUUUUAUACAAUGAAAUGUUGAACUAUUUUAUACAAAGUCAUUUAAAGAAGUCUAUUUAAAGAGAAGCAAAGCAAACAGCCUGCACCUUUCAUGUGGUUCACAAA